UCGUAAGUUUGUUUACAAAAAAGGGACCUGGCGGAAAUGGGCGAUUCGGAUUCAAACGAGGUCCUCAUAGAGGAAAUAGACAGCAACGACGUGCCGGAGAACGAGCUGGAGCAGUUCCAGGAGACGGAGCCACUGCGUGUUGUGGACAUCAUCGACUGCGACGCAGAUGGCGAGCGUCGGACCUUCGAGGCGGACGAGGAGGAAGGAGCUCUCAUAAAGCGCUAUGUGCAGGGCGUCCAAUGUCUGGAGUUCCCGGACUUCUGCACCAAGCUGGAGGCCAGCGACGAGGAUGAGGAGGGCAACGAAGACGAGCUCGUGGAGGCGUCAGGAGCCACCAACGUUGAACAGCCUCGUACUUCGACACAGGCGAGGCCACCACAGGAGCAGCCUUCAGGAAGUGGUCGUUCCACAGGCGGCGGCUUCCGAAAGAGCCAGCUGAGCACCGCCCUGCAGGGACUGAUGGGCGAGGCCAACCUGAGUUUCGUCUAUGGACGCUUCGAGACAGCAGAGCGCAUCUGCAUGGAGAUCAUUAGACAGAAUCCGCUGGCCAGCGAACCCUUCUACACGCUGGCCGAGAUCUAUGAGAACCGUGACGAGGUCAAGUUCCUCAACUUCUCCACAUUGGCCGCCCACUUAAAUCCCCAGGAUCGGGACAUGUGGAUCCGAGUCUCCGAUCUGCUCGUGCAGCAGGGCAAUCUGGCCCGUGCCCGUCUCAUCUACACCAAGGCCAUCAAGAUGCUGCCCAAGGUCUACCAACUGCGUCUGCGGAAGGCGCAACUCCUGCAGAAAAUGGGCGAAACCAAUGCGUCCAUGUUCACGUACCUGAAGAUGCUGCCCCUAAUGCCGCCGGAGGAGUGGAAGAUGUGCCUGAACACGGCCAAGAACGUGGCCCGCUACUUUCACGUACUGGAGAAGCACACGCUUGCCCUGGAGGCCAUGGAGGCGGCGUACAGCGUGUGUGGGGUGCGCUUCACCUUGGAGGACAUCAACAUCUACCUCGAACUACUGAUCCUAAACAAGCAGUAUGCCAAGGUCUUGAAGUGCCUGAGGGAGCGCACUAACUUCGAGCUGGAGAACGACCAGGAGGAAAGUCUCGAACUCAUAUUCUUCUGCGAGAUCCCGGAUGACUAUGUCCCAGAGCUGCGAGCCAAGCUGUGUGUCAGCAUUAUCCACAUGCGGGCGCACCACCUGCUGGGCUAUCUCAUCCAGAAUGUUCAGGAGCACAUCACUCUGACGGCGGAUCGCGUGGAGCUGUACAUGGACAUCACGGAGGCUCUGAUGCAGGAGCACAAGUACGCCGAGGCCAUUGCGCUGAUGAGCCCAAUUACUGAUGGCGACACCGUCGAAUGCCCGGCGUUUGUGUGGCUGCGGCAGGCCGAGUGCCUCCGCCAGCUGAACCGCACGAACGAGGCCAUCCAGAGCUAUGAGAAGGUGGUGCAACUGGCGCCCUUCUGCUAUGAUGCGCGGUUUACCCUCUCCGCCUUGCUGAAACAGCAGGGUCGCCACGAGGAGGCCGUCCAAGCACUGGAGCAGCCGGGUGAGGCUGAGGGCCAACCGCUGAUUGCCCGCCUGCUGUACGAGAGGUGUGUGAUGCUGCAGCAGAUUGGGCGCAUAGAGGAGUUCUUGGACGUGGGCUAUGCUCUGCUCAGUCGGCACUCCAUCAAGCUGUACAACCGCGAGGAGAUGAUGGCGGCCGCAAAUGGAGGCAGUGCCUACAACUCGGAGAGUCUGAAGACCAUCAUCCAGAUGCGCAGCAAGGCGGUUGAUAGUUCAGCGGAGCAGGAUCUACAGGACCCUGCCAAAAAUGCCGCCACUGAAGCCUCCGAUCUGACCGUCAAGGACGAAUUCAACCUCUUUCAGGAGCUGGUGCGAACGGCUUUUAAGCAUGGCAUGCACAGCGCUGCCGAGAAGAUCUGUUUCGCCAUGGUGACCACGAAGAGAUUUACAUACUACCACCACGAGAUCGAGAGGAUUAUGGUGCUGACCUGCUACUACAACGACGACUGUGCGAUAGCCUUCUCGUAUCUGCGGGAACUGAUCGCCAAGCAGCCCAGCCAGACAACCCUGUGGAACAUGCUCUCGCUGAUGAUCCAAAAGGGGGAUGAGGUGCGCUACUAUCGCUACAUGCGGCGUCUAAUGCAACGCCACCCGGUGGAUACCAAGCCGAUGCGCAUCUUCCAAGGACACUACCACCUCAACUGCGCCUCCUUCAAAUAUGCGUUGAACAUCUACAUGCCUAUUCUGCGCGAGAAUCCCGAGCCCCUGGUGGCUCUCUGCAUAGCCGUGGCCUUCAACCAGCUGUCGCUGCAGAAGAAGGUGCUGCGUAAGUCGGCUUCUGUGGCCCAAGCCGUGGCUUUUGCCCAGCGCUACAAGGAGUUGCGGUCCGCUGGUCACGAGUUCUCGGAUUGCGCCGCCCAGCAGGAGAUCUUCUACAACAUCGGGCGAAUCUACCACCAGGCCAACAUCCUGCACCUGGCAGUCGAGUACUACGAAAAAGCGCUGGCCGUGCCCGUUCACCCGUUGAUUGCAGAGCACGAAUCUACGCUGGGUCUGCAGCACGAGGUGGCCUUCAACCUGCACCUGAUAUACCGAGCCAACGGGAACAAGUGGAAGGCCCGCCAGUACCUGAUGCGAUACUGUGUGGUCUAAUCAGUGGUAUACAGAUAUAACAUUACAAAUGGUGUAAGUAGCUUUGUAUUUAUAAGCUCGUUCCGUACAAAUAACAUGAAAGUUGUAUUUCAUUUGUAUGAAUCACGCUUGACUAAAAACACUUUUUCACGACUAA